UGACAACUUAUCACUUCCACCUUGUUAGAACUCUCACUACCUCUACGUCCUGUCUUUCGAUAUAAUAUCUAGAUAGUAGAGGAGUAGAGAAGACAGUCCUUUCAUUUUAUUCGUGAGCGAUGGCCACGUUAACCAAUGCACACCAACAUGGCGACACUUCAGUGCCUCCCCCUCCUGUGGAGGUAAAUGGCAGACUACCAUCUCCUCCACCACCUCCUCCUGAUUCCGCUGCUCCCCCUCCACCUCCAGAUUCACUCGCCCCUCCUCCACCACCGAGUUCAUUUGCUCCACCCCCACCCAGCGACCUCCCUCCUCCGCCACCGUCCGACGCUUUGCCCCCGCCCCCCGAGGAGCCAGUAAAGAAGAAGAAGGGAUGGGGUAGCACACCAUCUCGCGGACCGCUGAGCAUUGAAGAUAUUCUCAAGAAGAAGAAGGAGGCUGAUGAGGCUGCAGCCAAGCCUAAAUUUCUGUCGAAAGCCGCGCGGGAGAAACUCGCGCUCGAGAAGAGGGCACGAGAGGUCGAGGAACAGAAGCAGAAACUUGAGGCCGCGCGAAAUGAAGGAGCGCCGGUCUGGAAUGGCGACACAGAGCUGAAUGGGAGGGAACAUUACGACGGGUUUGCACAGCGCGAGACGAAUGGCCGGGCGCCGUCGUCAGUCCCCACGGGGCCGAGAGCUAUGCGCCAAGGCGAUCAACCGCGGAAUGGUCAGAACAAUCGAGGGGAUAUGCCGCCUCCGCCAAAACCAUCAGCUGGCAACGGGAAAGCUUCUCUAGCCGGCGAGAAGCGUCCUGCAAAUGGUGAAGACACCCAAGCUGCCUUGGUUAGGACGCGUUACAUGGGUGCGGAAACCAACCAAUCCACGUUUUCAGCAAAGAAGAAACGACGGCGGACGACGGAGAAGAAAUUCAACUUUGAAUGGAACGCUGAGGAGGAUACGAGCCCGGAUUACAACCCUAUAUAUUCUACCCGUGCUGAAGCGAACUUCUACGGGAGAGGCAGAUUGGGUGGGUUUGCGGAGGAUAUCAGUGAGAAUGGGGCAUUAAAGUAUGCCAAAGCAUUAGAAGAGCGAGAUGCAGAGGCUGGGAGUGCACGCGCAAGAGAGAUCCUGGAGAUGGAAAGGCGGCGGAAGGAAGAUGCCGGUGGGAGGAAUUCCCUGGAUAAACACUGGAGUGAGAAGAAGCUGGAACACAUGCGGGAACGGGAUUGGCGUAUCUUCAAGGAGGAUUUCAACAUCAGCACCAAGGGCGGCAGCAUUCCAAAUCCUAUGCGGAACUGGCAAGAAUCUGGACUGCCCAAACGUCUGCUCGAUAUUAUCGCCCAGGUUGGAUACGACGAACCUUCAGCAGUGCAAAGAGCUGCUAUACCUAUUGCUCUGCAAGCUAGGGACCUGAUCGGCGUUGCUGUCACGGGUUCAGGUAAAACCGCUGCUUUCCUGCUACCACUACUCGUCUACAUUUCCGAACUGCCUCCUCUCAAUGAAUACACGAAGAAUGACGGUCCAUAUGCCAUCAUUCUCGCCCCAACUCGUGAACUGGCUCAGCAGAUCGAAGUCGAGGCCCGAAAAUUCGCCACGCCGCUCAACUUUACCUGUGUCAGUAUCGUGGGUGGUCACUCUCUCGAGGAGCAAGCUUACAACUUACGGAACGGUGCCGAGAUCGUCAUCGCGACCCCCGGUCGUCUGGUGGAUUGUAUCGAGAGGCGCGUCCUGGUCCUAGGCCAGUGCUGCUAUGUGAUCAUGGAUGAGGCUGAUCGCAUGAUCGAUCUCGGCUUCGAGGAAUCCGUGAACAAGAUCCUCGACGCUCUCCCCGUGGGCAACGAAAAGCCCGACACGGAUGACGCCGAGGAUGCUCAAGCGAUGAGCAGGCAUCUAGGGGGGAAGGAUCGAUACCGCCAGACCAUGAUGUACACGGCGACCAUGCCUCCGGCCGUCGAGAAGAUCGCCAAGAAGUACCUGCGCCGCCCGGCCAUCGUCACCAUCGGCAACAUCGGCGAAGCCGUCGAGACGGUUGAGCAGCGCGUAGAGUUCAUCGCCGGCGAAGACAAGCGCAAGAAGCGACUCAACGAGAUCCUCUCCUCAGGCGAGUUCCAGCCGCCAAUCAUCGUCUUCGUCAACAUCAAGCGCAACUGCGACGCCGUGGCGCGCGACAUCAAACACAUGGGCUUCUCCGCCGUCACGCUUCACGGCAGCAAAACGCAAGAGCAGCGCGAGGCAGCCCUCGCCUCGGUCCGCAGCGGCAACACCAACGUCCUCGUGGCCACGGACCUCGCGGGUCGCGGUAUCGACGUGCCGGACGUCAGCCUGGUGGUCAACUUCAACAUGGCGACGAGCAUCGAGAGCUACACGCACCGCAUCGGGCGCACGGGGCGUGCGGGCAAGAGCGGUGUGGCGAUCACGUUCCUGGGCAGCGAGGACGCCGACGUGCUGUAUGACCUGAAGCAGAUGCUGUCCAAGAGCUCCAUCUCGCGCGUCCCCGAGGAGCUGCGGAAGCAUGAGGCGGCGCAGCAGAAGUCGGCGAGGAGCGGGGGUGGCCAGAAGAAGAUUGAGGAUUCGAGUGGGUUUGGUGGGAAGGGUGGGUGGUAGGUAGGUAGGGUAGGGUAAGGUAGGGAGGGAGGGAGUGUUUGUGUACGUGUGUGUGUGAAUAGGACUUGAUUGUAAUAUAUAAAUGAAUACUAAAUACUAAAUACCUAGACGACCACCAG